AUGAUAGCAAAGCAAAAGAAACCACAUACUAUCGCUGAAGAAUUAAUAAAACCAUGGGUCCUAAAAGCCACGCAGAUAAUUUUAGGAGAAGAUGCAGAGCAAAAAAUGAAGUCUAUUUCUCUUUCAAAUAACACAGUCAAGCGUAGAAUCGAUGACAUUGCAUCAGACAAAGUCACAAAUAAUUAA